UCCAGAAGAAUAAUAAUCCCCAUUCCAAGAUUUUUCAAACUUCUCCAGCCCAGGGUUUCGUUUCUUCCUAUUUCUCCUCUCUCUCAGAGUUCUGACAGUUUAGAAAUUUUAGGGUUUAGUAAGAAAAAAAUAAGAUGGCAACAAGUAUGGAGAGUUUAAUCGGUUUAGUAAACAGAAUACAAAGAGCUUGCACUGUUCUUGGUGAUUACGGUGGUGAUAACGCUUUACCUACUCUUUGGGAAGCUCUUCCUUCUGUUGCUGUUGUUGGCGGACAAAGUUCUGGAAAAUCUUCAGUUCUGGAGAGUAUUGUUGGACGUGAUUUUCUACCUAGAGGAUCUGGGAUUGUUACUAGGAGGCCAUUAGUUUUGCAGCUACACAAAAUUGACGAUGGAACUGAGUAUGCGGAAUUUCUUCAUUUACCUAAGAGGAGGUUCACCGACUUUGCCAUGGUGCGAAAAGAAAUUCAAGACGAAACUGAUAGAAUUACAGGGAAAUCCAAAGAGAUAUCACCUGUUCCUAUUCAUCUUAGUAUUUACUCCCCAAAUGUUGUUAAUUUGACAAUGAUAGAUCUACCUGGUCUCACUAAGGUUGCCAUAGAGGGACAACCACAAUCUAUUGUCGAAGAUAUUGAAAACAUGGUUCGCUCUUAUGUAGAGAAGCCAAACAGCAUCAUACUAGCAAUAUCUCCAGCAAAUCAAGAUAUAGCAACAUCUGAUGCUAUUAAACUCGCUAAAGAAGUUGAUCCGCUAGGUGAAAGAACAUUUGGUGUGCUGACCAAGCUAGAUUUGAUGGACAAGGGAACAAAUGCAAUUGAGGUUCUCGAAGGACGAUCAUAUAGGCUGCAGCAUCCUUGGGUUGGAAUUGUUAACCGUUCUCAAGCUGAUAUCAAUAAAAAUGUUGAUAUGAUUGUUGCACGACGUAGAGAGCGUGAAUAUUUUGCAACUAGUCCUGAUUAUGGACACCUAGCGCAUAAGAUGGGUUCAGAAUACCUUGCUAAAUUACUCUCACAGCACUUGGAGUCUGUUAUCAGAACACAAAUACCAGGUAUAGCAUCAUUGAUCAACAAAUCUAUUGAGGAACUUGAAGGAGAGAUGGACCACCUUGGCAGGCCUGUUGCUGUCGACGCCGGGGCCCAGUUGUACACCAUCUUAGAACUUUGCCGUGCCUUUGACCGGAUCUUCAAGGAGCAUCUGGAUGGAGGGAGACGUGGUGGAGAUCGUAUAUAUGGAGUAUUUGACAAUCAGCUUCCUGCUGCAUUGAGGAAGCUGCCGUUUGACCGACAUCUAUCGUUGGAUAAUGUGAGGAAAGUUGUUUCGCAGGCAGAUGGUUAUCAACCCCAUCUGAUUGCUCCGGAGCAAGGUUACAGGCGUCUCAUUGAAGGGGCUCUCAAUUAUUUUAGAGGGCCAGCUGAAGCUUCUGUAGAUGCUGUACAUAACGUACUCAUGGACCUUGUCAGAAAGUCAAUCGGAGAAACACAGGAGUUGAGGCGUUUCCCAACACUUCAAUCUGAAAUAGCUGCAGCAUCAUAUGAAGCCUUAGAAAGGUUCCGGGAGGAGGGUAGGAAAACAACCUUGCGAUUGGUGGAUAUGGAAUCCUCCUAUCUGACUGUGGAUUUCUUCAGGAGACUCCCUCAGGAUGUGGAGAAGGGGGGGAACCCAGCUGCUUCCACUGUGGAUAGGUACACAGAGGGUCACUUCAGGAGGAUUGGAUCAAAUGUCUCCUCAUAUGUGGGUAUGGUGUCUGAUACUCUCAAGACCAAUAUCCCUAAAGCAGUUGUGUAUUGUCAAGUAAGGGAAGCAAAGAUGUCUUUACUCAAUCACUUCUAUACACAAGUGGGCAGAAAAGAGGGUAAACAGCUAGCGCAACUAUUGGAUGAAGACCCUGCUUUGAUGGAAAGGAGGCAGCAGUGCGCCAAGAGGCUGGAAUUAUACAAGUCAGCAAGGGACGAGAUCGAUUCGGUGGCAUGGGCGUGAUAAGAUCAAACAAUUUUUAAAUCAAAUAUAGCCCUCGGUAUAUUUUAUCUAGUUUGUGAUAUGGAUUACUGGAUCGCUCAAAGAUUGUAUUCUCUAUUCUUUCUGUCAUCAGCUUUUUGACGAGGCCAAGUGUUUGUAUAUUCUUUUUAAAAAAAUUCUGAUGUCAGGUUGUAAAAAUGCCUCAGCUGUUUUUCCAUGUCAAUAUCAGUAUUCGGAGACUGGUUUUAUUUUAGUAUAAGCAUUGAUAAUUUUAGUUCCAACUUUUAA